CCGGGGCUAGGAGCUGCGCGGGGCCAGGCCAGGGCCGCGGUAGGCGGGAGCAGCGGCGGUGCGGCGCGGGGCGGGCGUGCUCUCGGCGGAGAGUUAGAGCUGAGUUGCAGAGCUGGGCUCUGAGGCAGCGGGGCGCGGAGCUGGGUGCGCGCCGAGCUGCUGCCUCCCGCCGCCUCCUCGCCCUCCAUUCCUCGUUCCUGGUCUUCUCUGGGCCACGCCGCCGCCGCUUGCCGCCUCCCUGGGAACGGUAGCCGGGAGAGGGGGGCUGGUGCGGCCGGAGCCCGUGGGGAGGUGCGGGGAGCCUGGGCGUAGGGGAGCGCGCCUGGCCUUGCCCGGGAUCAGAUAACAGCCGGAGGGGGAGGGGGUGAACCGGCCACGCUCACAGCCGGACUGAGGGACGGACGCCAGCCUCCUUGGCCCCAGCGAGCGUCCAGGGUCGCCGUCCAGGUGCGCGCCCCCCACCGGUGGUUGGACCUGGAAGAUCUGCGCCCUGGACUGACGCGCCCCUUGGCAUGGAGCGCCCCUGGGGGCUUCCCUGAGGCGGUGGUGGCAGUGGCGGCGAUGCAGCCAGCAAGGCGGCUGCCGCGGCCAGGAACGGCCGCCUGGAGCUCGGAGGACGCGGAGCGCGCCGCGCCCGGGCUGCUGACCGAGAUCCUCUCGAGUGGACAUGAUGUAGCCCCCCUCCAUCUCCAGGAUGCUGGUUUGGAGCGUCUGGCAGGACCUGGGAGUCUGCAGUUGCUAACUGGGCCAGUAGCCUCGCCCCUGCCAGGGACUGCCCUGCUACAGGCAAGCCACCUGGGAAGGUCCCAACCCAGUCCUGUCCCCUGGGGCAUCACAGAAGGGGAGGUGAGGUGCUGGAUGCUUCUCCAGGAUAUUCUAAUGUCUGGAUCCUCUCCAGCUGGUGCCUGGGAAAUGGCAGUCACUGCUAAUUCAGCCUUGAAGACAGUCACUUGCCUGCUCAGCACCAUUACUUAGAAGGUAAAAUUCAAGAGGAGCCACCCCAGCCGGAGCCAGCCUGGGGGCAGGCUGGAGCCCCCCCGCCCCCGGGAUGACUGCAGCCAGCCGGGCCAACCCCUACAGCAUCGUGUCAUCAGAGGAGGACGGGCUGCGCCUGGUUACCAUGGCAGGCGCCAAUGGCUUCGGCAAUGGCAGGGUACAUACGAGACGCAGGUGCCGCAACCGCUUCGUCAAGAAGAACGGCCAGUGCAACAUCGAGUUCGCCAACAUGGACGAGAAGUCACAGCGCUACCUGGCUGACAUGUUCACCACCUGCGUCGACAUCCGCUGGCGCUACAUGCUGCUCAUCUUCUCACUGGCCUUCCUUGCUUCCUGGCUCCUUUUUGGAAUCAUCUUCUGGGUCAUCGCAGUGGCACAUGGUGACCUGGAGCCGGCUGAGGGCCGGGGCCGCACACCCUGCGUGAUGCAGGUGCACGGCUUCAUGGCAGCCUUCCUCUUCUCCAUUGAGACACAGACCACCAUCGGCUAUGGGCUGCGCUGUGUGACAGAGGAGUGCCCCGUGGCCGUCUUCAUGGUGGUGGCACAGUCCAUCGUGGGUUGCAUCAUCGACUCCUUCAUGAUCGGCGCCAUCAUGGCCAAGAUGGCAAGGCCAAAGAAGCGGGCGCAGACGCUGCUGUUCAGCCACAAUGCCGUGGUGGCCCUGCGGGACGGCAAGCUCUGCCUCAUGUGGCGCGUGGGCAACCUGCGCAAGAGCCACAUCGUGGAGGCCCACGUGCGUGCACAGCUCAUCAAGCCCAGGGUCACGGAGGAGGGCGAGUACAUCCCUCUGGACCAGAUCGACAUUGACGUGGGCUUCGACAAGGGCCUGGACCGCAUCUUCCUGGUGUCGCCCAUCACCAUUCUGCACGAGAUUGACGAGGCCAGCCCGCUGUUUGGCAUUAGCCGGCAAGACCUGGAGACGGAUGACUUUGAGAUCGUUGUCAUCCUGGAGGGCAUGGUGGAGGCCACGGCCAUGACCACCCAGGCCCGCAGCUCUUACCUGGCCAAUGAGAUCCUGUGGGGUCACCGCUUCGAGCCAGUGCUGUUUGAGGAGAAGAACCAGUAUAAGAUUGACUACUCGCACUUCCAUAAGACCUAUGAGGUGCCCUCCACACCCCGCUGCAGUGCCAAGGACCUGGUUGAGAACAAGUUCCUGCUGCCCACCGCCAACUCCUUCUGCUAUGAGAAUGAGCUGGCCUUCCUGAGCCGUGAUGAGGAGGAUGAGGCUGAUGGAGAUCAGGACAGCCGCAGCCAAGAUGGGCUCAGUCCCCAGGCAAGGCACGACUUUGACAGACUCCAGGCGGGAGGUGGUGCCCUGGAGCAGCGGUCAUACAGGCGGGAGUCGGAGAUCUGAGCUACUGGUGGCUUAGGCGCAGCACCCCCCUGCCUGGGAGAGGAGAGGCGGCAGAGCCCCUUAGGGGCCCAGUUUGAGCAGAAUCGGGAGCCAGGUGCCCCAGGUUGCAGACUCAGUAGCAUUUUAGUCGUUUUAUGUUUCUUCGCAAUGAUCUCAGAAGGUUGGCGGGAGAGUGGGUGGCCAAAGCAGGUGGCCACUGGUCUCAGAGGCUACCAUGGGCUCAGGGCAGGCAGGUGGCUUCUUGGGAGCCAGGUCACAGGAGCCAAGGGCUCCUGCUUGAAGAUAGAGCUGCAGCCUGCCUGGAAAUGGCCCCGCAGGGCCAUGCCCUGCUGUGAGCGCUGGUAGGCUGCAGUGUCCUUUGCAGGUUUUUAACUUGGGGAGAAACACCGGGUUUCAUCUUUCUCAACCUUAGCUUGGGUAAGACUGUUUACAAAAAAAAAAAAACAACAUGCAAAUGAAGAAAAGAUUUUUUUAAUUCUUGGGGGGCAAAAAGGGCAAUUAGAAUUCCAUGAGUCUGCCAGGAUGCAGCAGCUAGCUGGAGGCUCCUGUAGGUUCCCAAGGUGGAGCUGGCUCCCCCUCCUGGCAAGCUUGGUGCUCGAUGACCUGCACUUCAUGCUUAUGGGGCCAACUAGGUUCUGUUUGUGAUAGAAAAUCCAAGACCAUGUUAAUGAUCACAAUUAAAGCUUUCUAUUGUCCCCGGGGUGGAGGGUGGGGGCUGGGAAAAAACUGGUUUGAGUUUUUUGAGUUUGACUUUGUACCUUAGAGGUGCGUCUCAGGGCCAGAUACGGGACCUGCUGUCAAGGGUUCACCCCCACCCUGAUUCUCAUGUUUUGCUUCUCUCUUCAUUUCUGCCCGGGGGCCUCCAUCCCUUCCACAGUGGGGGACAGUUGGGAACCACAGGCGUAGAUGGCUCCUUGGGAAGGGAAGUCAGGAUCCCAGACUCAGAGGAAGCAGAUCAGCCCCUGUCCCCUCUGGGCCCACAGUGUGAGCCGUGCCUUAGAGACUCCGGAUUGUCCUGCUCUAGCUGUUCCUGUCCUUUUUUGGUUCUCUCGUCUCUCGUCCCCCUACCUCCACUGCAGAAGCCCCUGCCAGCCCCUCCGUCUGCCUUGGGAAAGCGGCAGUACAGGGAGGGAGCCCAGGCACAGUAUAGCCAGGCCUGUUCUGCCGUUGAGUGGCAGAGGAAGCUCUCAGGGAAGGAGAGAGGAAUUGUCAUACACACACCCGGUCUUUAAAGUGCCCCCCUCCCAUUCAAAGCUGAAUUGAGAAACUGGCCAUGGAACAAAUACUUCCUUUUUACUGAAGCUUUUCCUGCACCCCCAGCCUCACAUAUCCAGACACUAUGGCCCCUUUGCCAGGAAGAGGUUUGUGUCACUGACUCUUGUUCUUGGCAGCUGAUGGGGGCCAGGCCUCUGCUGAGGAAGCCUGUUUCCUUGAAUGAAUGGAGGCCCCUCAAGAAGGCAGUAAUUACAAGGAGCUUGCCUCCUGCUCUAACCUGUGCUUGCUAAGGCCGCUUAGAACCAGGAGGCACCAAGGACUCUGUGGCCCAAGUGGGGAAACAGGCAGAGAACAUGGAAGGGGAUGUCACAAAGGGGAAGUCACAAAGUGAGUGGGUUGGGUAGGGAGGGAGGGACCGCUGCCUGGGACGAGGGUGCUGCCCUCACUGAGGAUGAGGCCAUAAAGGGUCUAGACACGGGCUGCCAAUAGGACACUGGGGCAGGGGGUCUAGAGACACCCCAACCCCAGGCCACAGCCGUAGCCUCUGACCCCACCCUUAUCUCUGCCUGGAUGAUGCAGCCCAGUGGUUUUUUCCUCUCAGGAUCUGUGGGAGGGGUCUUAGCUCACUUCUGCCCCUGGGCCUGGGCCUGGCCCUCCCCUUCUAACCCUGCCUUAGCCCUGGGUGCGGAGUGGAUUUGGUGUGCUAGUUCUAACCCUUUCUCAGACAGCCAGGUGGGGGGAUAGGUGGCCCCUGGCAACUGGCCUGAGAUCUCACUCUGCCCCUCUAGAACAGGUUGGACCAGGUUUCUCCUCCCAUCCAGAGCAGAGCUGGGGCCCCAAGUACCCCAGGCCUGCCCCCUAGCGGUUUUAGGCCUUGCCAGGAGAGCAUCCCCUAGCUGUCUUCCGUCUCACCAAGGCAGACAGAUGCUUCAUGUCCAAACUCUCCUGUCCUCUUUCUUCCUUUCUUUGUAUUUAUUUAUUUAUUUAUUUAUUGCUUGUGCUAAAGACCAAAAUAGUCUCCCUCUUUAGUGUACUUGAGGUGAGAGGGCAGAUGUGAAUAGCCAGGAGCAGGAAGACUUGGCCCCUGGGGUGUGGUGUGGACUGUGCCAGAGCAUGCCUGGCGAGCAGUGCAAAUGUGCACCCACAGUUCUCCCACGGUGCGAAUGGACUCUGAUACAGAUACAGGAUGUGUCCAUGUGCAUAUGAGGUAGUUACGCAUCUGUCUGCCUGCAUGCGUGUCUGUGUACAUGUUUUCUACAUGUGGGACUGGUUGAAUGCUCAGCAGUCUGGGAGGCUGUGAUGGUGGCCACGGUCAUUGGCACAGUUGAACCUGGAAGCCCCCCCCCCUUCCAUCCCCUUCCCAAUUCUGCAUUAGAGCUUGUGUUCUGGCUGAGGCAUCUGGAGAUAAGCACGUGUGCCCGGGUCAUGUGUAGGAGGCCGUGUGUGUCUGUGUGAACACAUGUGUGUGCAGCCCUGGUGUGCUGCUCGGAGUGUGGUGGCUGUCCCUCAGCUUUGCUGGUGCUGUGCCACUGGGUCCCCCCUGAGGGAGGGUUCUGGGGGCAAAGGGAGCCACUGGCAGGAGGCCCCUGCACAGGAUGUCUGCCCUGCGUAAGUCACAGAAUGUCAAAUCUAUUUUAAAUGGUGAAACCGGAGAAUUUUCAUGUUAUUUUCAAUUCAUAGCAGUAUCUAAAAACUUAGGCAAUGAGACUAGACCACAUUAAAUGCAUUUUGAUCUCUUUGA